AUGUUCACCGCCGCCGCCAUGUCGCACGCGCUGCCGCUGACCAGCCAGGAGGCGCUUUCGGGUGUCUUCGGCUCCAUCUCGCUGGCAUCAUGGAUCUUUCUAUUGGUACCCCAACUCAUAGAAAACUACAAGUCGGGCUCUGCAGAUGGCAUCUCGCUUGCCUUCCUCGCUGUGUGGUUCAUUGGCGACGUCACCAACCUUGCCGGCGCGCUCUGGGCGGGUCUCGUGCCGACUGUCAUUGCCCUCGCAAUCUACUUUUGCUUCGCCGACCUGGUCUUGAUAUCGCAAUGCGUCUACUACAACAUGAAGAACUCGCGCCGCGAUCGCAAGUCAUCGACGCGCUCCACCGAAAGCGUCGAGGCGCCGCUGCUCGGCCGCCGCGACAGCAGCAACAUUGGCCUGCCUGGGAGUCAUAGGCGCGAUUCCAUUGCAAGUCGCAAGCGCAGGGCGAGCUCGCUACCAACCAUCCCCGAUGUUGAAGGGGGUGCAAGCGAGUGGGUCAAGAACACCGCUAGCAUUAUUGGUGUCUGCGUUGUAGGCGCUGCAGGCUGGGCUAUUGCAUGGAAGACUGGUGUCUGGGUUCCACAGCCAACACACGGCGAUGCAGGCGAAUCAUCAGACAGCCCGCUCGGAGCUCAGAUUCUUGGUUAUGCCAGCGCAGUGUGCUACCUUGGAGCGCGCAUCCCGCAGAUUAUCAAGAACCAGCGCGAGAGGUCAUGCGAAGGCCUGUCGCUGCUCUUUUUCAUGCUGAGCUUGCUAGGAAAUGCUACAUAUGGCGCAGGUAUCAUCUUCCACUCGCAAGAAAAAGAGUACAUCAUGACCAACCUGCCAUGGCUAAUCGGUUCCCUCGGCACCAUGGUCGAGGACGUGACCAUCUUUAUCCAAUUCCGCGUCUUCGGCAACGGUGAAGCAUCCUCUGCUCUUGAGGCUUAG